CUCGGGAGCUAGCAGCGCAGCGAAGUUCCCGGGGCCGGGCCGGGCUGUGAGCGGCCGAGAGCGGGUCCAUGGGCCGAGUCCUGCUGCGCUGAGGGGGCGGCGAUGGCCCUGGCGCUGCGCCUGCUGCUGCUGGGGGCUGUAGCCCUGCAGGGGGGCCACUCCCAUUUAUCUCCAGACUUCUCCUUGUCCAGAUCUAUUCCACCCCCAACAAUCUUCUAUUCAUUGGACUUUUUGAAACUUUUCACUUUUAGAGAGAGGCCUGCACUCCAGGCGCAUGUUCCACACGGUGGUGUCAGAGCCCGGCCCGGGGCUGCCCUGAUACAGCCGUGUUGCAUACGUGGAUGAUCAGGUGAUCUUUAACUACACCAGCGGGAUGCAGAGGGUGGAGCCCUGCACAGCGUGGAUGGCGCAGAACGAGGGCCCAGAGUUCUGGGACCUUCAGAACUUUUGGGCACGGCGCUGGGAGGCCUGGUUCAACGCGAGUCUGAACACCCUGCGUGAGCUCUACAACCACAGUGAGGGGUUUCACAUUAUCCAAAUGAUAAUCGGCUGUGAUCUCCGGGAAGGCAACACCACUUGGGGGUUUUACCAGGAUUCCUAUGACGGACGAGACUUUCUUACCUUCGAUAAGGAGACCAUGACUUGGGUAGCAGCAGAUAUUGGGGCUCAGAUCACCAAGAGGAGAUGGGAUGCUGAAGUAUUUGACAACCAGUGGUGGAAACACUACCUGGAAGAGGAAUGUAUUUCCUGGCUAAGGAGUUCUCUAGAGUAUGGGAAGGAGACUCUACAGAGGAAAGUGGGCCCAACUGCUAGAGUGAGUUACAGGUCAUCUCAUGAUGGCCUCAGCACCCUCUCUUGUAAGGUCAGUGGGUUCUACCCCCGGGACAUCACCGUGACCUGGCUGAAAAAUGGGGAGAGCAGACAGCAAGAGACCUACUCUGAAGGCAUCCUACCCAGUGGGGAUGGGACCUACCAGACCUGGUUGACAAUGGAGAUUGAUCCCAAGAUCAACGCCCAUUAUUCAUGUCACGUGGAGCAUGAAAGCCUGUUAGAGCCACUCUCUGUCUCCUGGGCACCAAAUAACAAUCUGAUUCCCAUUGUGGCUGGAGUUAUCACUGCAGUUGUCCUGAUUGGUGUUAUAAUCGGAGUAGUCGUUUGGAAAAAGAAAUGCCCAGGGAAGAAGGGAGACGGUUACACUGUAGCUCAGGGUAAGUUACAAGAGACUCAUCGCCUCUUUUCAAGUGGCCAUCCCUGAACAACUAUCAGUAUUUACACAGUACAUUUCAUCCAGAGGAAUCCAGUAAUUGUGAUUUCAAUCAUUCCUUGUUUCAGAUAGGAAUGUGUGAGUUCUAUAUGACUUUGUCCUUUCAGAGAGCUAACGUGGUCGCUCCUGGCCUAUUAUACCCACCACUCAUGAAGGUGCGUGAGCUAAUCUAUCUUUUAUUGGACCAACUUCUGUUGGGGGGAGAGGCAAGUUUUCAAAAAGCCCCCACUCUUUUAAAAGUGACCUGCCUUCCCUCGCCCCCGUUCCAGCACCCCUGAGCAGCAGGAGGAGUCUCACAGCUGAGCAAGGCAAAGGAGCCAGACAUCAGUCAAAAGAGCAGAGACGUGCAAAUGCCACAGGCUAUUACCUGCUAAGUGGCACUAAGUCCAAAGAAGGAAACGAAGUGAACUAGUCUCAGUCUCUCAUUAAUGUUUAUUUUCUACUUACCUAGGUAGGUGACGUCACUACAUUUUAGCAAUCACUGAAGCAGCAAGUGACAAGUCCCUAUUUGGAAAUAAAUCUCUUAUUUCUUCUUCCAGGUGUUUAUUCUCCUAACCCUCCCCAACCCUUCCCACACACAUUCUCCUUUCUCUGAAGGAAGAUGAGUGGUGGCAGAUGACAGAACAAGGAGUAAUGGUCUCAAGUUGCAGUGGGGGAGGUCUAGGUUGGAAAUUAGGAAACACUAUUUCACUAGGAGGGUGGUGAAGCACUGGAAUGGGUUACCUAAGGAGGUGGUGGAAUCUUCAUCCUUAGAUAUUUUUAAGGCCCAGCUUGACAAAGCCCUAGGGCCUGGGGCAGUUGCCCAGAACCACACCAUUCGCAGCCUCCCGCCUGACCCCCUUUCUUAAGUGAGCCUCCCACCCUCCCUGCCCUGCUCCUGCCCCCAUGGCCUCGCAGCCCUCCCACCCACGCAGAGGGGGGGCAUGUACUCGGGCUGUGUAGGGCACCAGAAAUGGUAGGGACAGUCCUGCCAAUAUAUCUUUUUUGAGAUGGGGCGACCACAUCUGCACAGUAUUCAAGGUGUGGGCAUACCAUGGAUUUAUAUAGAGGCAAGAUGAUAUUUUCUGUCCUAUUAUCUAUCCCUUUUUAAAUUAUUCCCAGCAUUCUGUUUGCUUUUUUGACUGCGCUGCACAUUGAGUGGAUGUUUUCAGAGAACUAUCCACAAUGACUCUGAGAUCUCUUUCUUGAGUGGUAACAGCUAAUUUCAACCCCAUCAUUUGAUAUGUAUAGUUGGGAUUAUGCUUUCCAAUGUGCAUUACUUUGCAUUUAUCAACAUUAAAUUUCAUCUGCCAUUUUGUUGCCCAGUCA